AUGACCGGCCUGACUCCGCCGUCCUACCCCACCUGUUCUCCGACGUCAGCCGGCAGCGAUACCGCCGGAAAGUGCAGAAAAACGGCCGGUUUUUACCCAGAUUUUCCGGAGCUCGUUCCGGCGAUUCCGGCCACCAAAUCUUGCGAUCAAGGAUCGUGUGGGAUUCGACGGAUCGUAAAACGGAGUCCCGGAUACUCCGGAAAUGCCAACCCUGGGGUUAGGGUUUUAGUAACUGUCCGAUCCUGCGAUCGUGAGCGAUCCGACCGUCCGAUCUGGACCAAACUUGCAGGACGUGCAUCCUAG